AUAUUCUGCAAGCUCUUGAUAAAAAAACUUUUCUCUCUAAUAUUUGAUCAGGACAUAACUAUACGAUCAUUCAUUUAAAUUGUCCUACAUAUCAUUUCCUCAUAUGAACAAAUUAAAUGAAACUGAAAUUGGUUUAUCUUCUAUGCUUGUAAAGGAGCUUCGUAUAGAUUUAAUACAGCGAACAACAUAUGCCUUGAGAAACAGCACAAGGUUUUAGGUACACAUUCACAGUUGUUUCUAAUAGCUUGUACAACUAGUUAGCAAUAUCGCCACCGACCUUUAGGUGCGUAUAAUCAUUGAAUAUGAUUGGCUUUUCUAUCAAUAAACAAUGUAUUCUUAUUGGUUAACGACACUUUUCACAAAUCGCAUGGAGAUAUAAAAGGAAACUCACGAAUUUUUAAUUCCAAUCGGGUACUUGUCUAUAAGAUUUCGGAAAUAAUUGUAUCAGAAAUUAUUUAAAAAAUAUUAUUAAAACAUUAGAAAUGCUGUUUUAGACAAUUAGGAUUUUUUUUAUAUCUAAGCUACAUUAUGGCAAAUUUGCUUCUGUACAUAAUAAAUAUUGCGGUGCUAUUUUCUGAAGCGGAUGGACAGUUGAAUACAGAGAGAAUACAUACACUGAAACGGUCUUCAAGUCCUUUAAGCGAGUCAAGACUUGUGGGCAUGCUAAGUCCUGAAGGCGUGCCAAGACGUGUAAUAGUGCCAAGACGUGUAGAUGUGCCAAGACCUGCAGGCGUGCCAAAACCGCAAAUCGGCGGAGGUUUCCCUGACAUCAGAUCAAUAACAAGUCGUUUAGGCCUAUCUUUGUCAACGCCUUACACUGCAAGAACGUUUGUAUUUCUGACGGCCAAUCAAUUGAAGAAGUUGCCAACUCGUGAUCAGAAUGGCACUAGAAUAACAACGUCCGAAUUCGACAUGAAAAUUUACAAACUGGGUGAUGAAACUGCAUUUAUGCUAGGAUUAAUACUACCUAAAGGCCAAACUGAAUAUAUGCCAUCUGUUACAAAAAGAAUCGUGAAUGACAAAAAGAUGCUUUCUGAUCACAAAACAAAACGUGUAUUUCCAUUCGAAGUUGCGGUACUAGUUAGUAAACCAACGGGUCCAAUUAGAAACACUGUCGUACCGCUAUCAGCCGACAUGACCGUCCUUGAUGCCUUCGUAUCAGCCACAAGAAUGUACAUGGACAAGACCACAACAGAAGUCGAAAACAUACCUUUCAACAUAAUGCUUGAUUGGAAUACGAAAUUGCAGUGCUACGUCACUAUCAAAGCUAGCGGCAUCAGAAACAGACGCAGAAAAGCUUGGCACUUCAUAGUUAAAGACUUCACACAUGGGAUUGUAUAUAGAGAUCGCUGUCUUCCUGGAGACAAUGUUGUACUUAGGCCUGGAAGUAUUGUUCAGCUUGCAUUUGAACAAAAGAGACGCCGACCGAAAUAGAAAAAAUUACAUACUGUUUAUCAGUUGCUAGUCAGUUAAUUUGUGAAGUGAUCUAAAUGCCAUUGCUCCAUGUUAUUCAGUUAAUUUGUGAAGUGAUCCAUAUGCCAUUGCUCCAUGUUAUUCAGUUAAUUUGUGAAGUGAUCCAUAUGACAUUGCUCCAUGUUAUUCAGUUAAUUUGUGAAGUGAUCCAUAUGACAUUGCUCCAUGUUAUUAAGUUAGUUUGUGAAGUGAUCCAUAUGACAUUGCUCCAUGUUAUUCAGUUAAUUUGUGAAGUGAUCUAAAUGCCAUAGCUCCAUUUUAUUCAGUUAAUUUGUGAAGUGAUCCAUAUGCCAUUGCUCCAUGUUAUUCAGUUAAUUUGUGAAGUGGUCCAAAUGCCAUUGCUCCAUGCUAUUCAGUUAAUUUGUGAAGUGGUCCAAAUGCAAUUGCUCCAUGCUAUUCAGUUAAUUUGUGAAGUGGUCCAAAUGCCAUUGCUCCAUGUUAAUCUUGAUCCAAAUGCCAUUGCUCCAUGUUAUUCAGUUAAUUUGUGAAGUGAUCCAAAUGCAAUUGCUCCAUGCUAUUCAGUUAAUUUGUGAAGUGGUCCAAAUGCCAUUGCUCCAUGUUAUUAAGUUAAUUUGUGAAGUGAUCCAAAUGCCAUUGCUCCAUGUUAUUAAGUUAAUUUGUGAAGUGAUCCAAAUGCAACUGCUCCAUGCUAUUCAGUUAAUUUGUGAAGUGGUCCAAAUGCAAUUGCUCCAUGCUAUUCAGUUAAUUUGUGAAGUGGUCCAAAUGCCUUUGCUCCAUGUUAAUCUUGAUCCAAAUGCCAUUGCUCCAUGCUAUUCAGUUAAUUUGUGAAGUGAUCCAUAUGACAUUGCUCCAUGUUAUUCAGUUAAUUUGUGAAGUGGUCCAAAUGCCAUUGCCCCAUGUUAUUAAGUUAAUUUGUGAAGUGAUCCAUAUGACAUUGCUCCAUGUUAUUCAGUUAAUUUGUGAAGUGAUCCAUAUGACAUUGCUCCAUGUUAUUAAGUUAAUUUGUGAAGUGAUCCAUAUGACAUUGCUCCAUGUUAUUAAGUUAAUUUGUGAAGUGAUCCAUAUGACAUUGCUCCAUGUUAUUAAGUUAAUUUGUGAAGUGAUCCAUAUGACAUUGCUCCAUGUUAUUCAGUUAAUUUGUGAAGUGAUCCAUAUGACAUUGCUCCAUGUUAUUCAGUUAAUUUGUGAAGUGAUCCAAAUGCCAUAGCUCCAUGUUAUUCAGUUAAUUUGUGAAGUGAUCCAAAUGCCAUAGCUCCAUGUUAUUCAGUUAAUUUGUGAAGUGAUCCAAAGGCCAUUGCUCCAUUUUAUUCAGUUAAUUUGUGAAGUGAUCCAAAUGCCAUUGCUCCAUUUUAUUCAGUUAAUUUGUGAAGUGGUCCAUAUGCCAUUGCUCCAUGUUAUUCAGUUAAUUUGUGAAGUGGUCCAAAUGCCAUUGCUCCAUGUUAUUCAGUUAAUUUGUGAAGUGGUCCAAAUGCAAUUGCUCCAUGUUAUUCAGUUAAUUUGUGAAGUGGUCCAAAUGUUUUUGCUCCAUGUUAGUCAUGAUCCAAAUGCCAUUGCUCCAUGUUAUUCAGUUAAUUUGUGAAGUGAUUCAAAAUGCAAUUGCUCAAUAUUUAUGUAGUGUUUACAUCUCAGAUAUUUUAAUUGGCAAUGAAUGGCAUUAAAUAA